UCAACCAGAAACUUCGGCCAUGCAUAGUAUGGAAAUUUCCAGCAAAGCAGAAUCUAAGCCAUUACUUUAUAAGAAAGCAGUAGCGAGUCAUCUACAUUUUUUUCCACUUCUUUUCUCUUUCACAGCGAAGCCGCUCCCUCCCUUUCCACAGGGACGCGAAAGAUGGUACCCAUCAAAUCAUUGGGGCUCCAUCUCCAUUUUACAUGGAAAGAAAUCAGGAACCAGAGCCACAUUUUUCUUCCAAUCAAGCUUUUUAAUUCCUGCGUACGCCGUUUAUUCAAAAGCCAGGUCCAUGUUUAUCACAGUAUUGCAGAUGUAGCAUUUCCAAGAUUUUCCACAACCAAGGUCUAAGGUCUUCUUCCUCGCAUUGGCCAAGAACCAGAAGAUAGGAACGACUGUUUCCUUAAUAACGCUUUCUCUACUUACUCCUACCGUUACAUUUAGAGAGAGAAAGGUCUGGGAGAGAGUAUUACUCGCAGUAUUUAAUGCCACAAUAUAACGUUUCCUUAAUAGGACCAGAGAGAGAUUUGAGUCAUUUGGGCGGCAGUUAGUAAUUCUCCAGUAUUUCAAAAUGGGUUUGCCUCAACAAGGGGGAUAGCCUGAAUCUUUGUCCAUAGUUAGGUUGCAGAUGCCGUAUAGAUACCGCCAUUGCUGUUGACGGAGAUCAUAUUGUCGGUGGAUGUAGCCAUCAUGAGUGGAGGAGUACUGCAAGAAGAGACGGAGCGCAGAGGAGCGGGGUUGUUGCCUCCAUGGCUGAAGCCCCUCCUCGAGACCACAUUCUUCUCCAACUGUAGGUUCCAUGGAGAGCCCACCAACAUGUACUGCCUUGGCUGCUGCAUGACCGACGCCUUGUGCUCCUCUUGCCUCGCCUCCCACCCUGGUCAUCACUUCAUUCAGAUCAGACGGUCGUCGUAUCACGACGUGGUUCGGGUGAACGAGAUCCCCAAGGCGGUGGACAUAUCGGGGAUCCAGACGUAUGUUAUCAACAGCGCAAAGGUGAUCUUCUUGAACGAGAGGCCCCAAAUGAGACCCUCCAAGUCCCUCGCCAACGCCUGCCGGAUCUGCGACCGCAGUCUCCUCGACUCUUUCAGCUACUGCUCCCUCGGCUGCAAGAUCGCGGCGAUAUCGGACAACAGAUACCUGAAACAGUCGCCGCCUUCUCUUGACCGGGACGCCGGAGACUUGCUGUCGGGCGACCGGAAAGAGCAGCCUCCGCCAGGUUCGAGGAGGGAGAAACGAAGGAAGGGGACCCCUCGCCGAGCCCCCAUGGGAUGUUGCUAAGAUUUUUUUCCUUCUUUUUUUUUUCCUUCUUUUUUUGCUCUGAAACAGGAAAUAUUUUACGACUGCAAUUACACUGUAAAAGAAGAAAUGGUCGCAUUGGUGGUGAAGAAAGGCAACCAAAUAAAAAUGGGGAUUGCAUUAGAAGGGCUGGACAUGAUCAGGAAGAAGAGAUCAAAGAUUUCCGGUGGUAUCUGACAAACUUUAAAAGGGUCCAAAAGGAGAGGCGGACUCGUUGGUGCCGGAUCCCCCCGCACGUGCUGUGCUUCCGGCGAGUGGAACGUGCACGUGCAUGCAUGUGGUGGACAAUUAUUACUCGCUCAAGGCAGGGGACGGCGGCCGCUCGGCCCCUCCUUCUACUCUCCCUUCUUUAUUUAAUUAAUUAUUUGCACAUUUCCUUUCUUUUCUUUUAUUGAUGAUCGAUUGCGGCUGUCCACCUAUCCAGCUUUAGCUUAGGUUUUUUUUUUUUUUCUGGUUUCUCAUGUUCUUCUCUUAUUUUUAACCUGUGAUUUACAUUAGUUCGAGCUGUUAAUUUGUUCAUAAUAGUGAUCCAUGGAUAGAUAUAUAUAUAUAUUAGUAUGAUCUUUUUGUGUCUUC